UUCACUUGGAGAAAUUAUUGAUACAUGAUGUCUCGUACCCUCACCGUAAUUUCUCUCAUAACCGUCUGGCAUUUGUCCACAGACCCUGCUUGUAGCGAACAAUCCUACACAUUCAGGAACAUUCUUAACAAUAUUGCUGUUGCAGAACAAUAUGUUUUGGUUGCCACCGAGAACUGCUUGUACAAGUUUGACCACAUGUUGCAUCUGCUGUCAGAAACAAGCGCAGUGAAUGCUACUGAAUGCAGAAAAAGCACUAAAGGGACAUCUAUGAAUACGACUUCUGUCUACUAUAACAUUCUUUUGCUCAUCUAUAAUGGAACUGUACUGAGUUGUUGGAAUCAAGACGGGAUUUGUAUUGAAAGAGAACUUAAUAACUUAAAAAACAUAACUACAUCUACAGCCAAGGUUGUGCACUGCGACCCCAAACACCCAGGGGUUGGAUUUCUAUUGGCUACAAAGAAGUUCUACCUAGCUGUUGCUUUAUAUACAGGCCAGGCAGAGAAUUGUUGGCCAUCAGCAAAAAAUGAUAUUCGUCCAAUAUCGCUGAAGUCAAAGUCACAAAAUGGAAAUCUUAUAACAGACAAACCUGGUGCUUCAGUAUUGUUAAAAGAAAAUGCAAAGGAUCUUAAUUUUGUAGAUGGAUUUUUAUUACAAGAUUAUUUGGUUUUCAUAUAUUAUCCCUCUCAUCCGGUGGAUGCAAGAAUGGUAAUUAUUCCUGAAGACGAAGAGUUGAGUUUCCACAGUAAAUACAGUCUUAUGUGUGGAAGCAAAUCCCAAAACAGGGCAGUGAUUUUGUCUGCAAUCAAGUUUUCUGCUUUAGGGAAUGAUUUUUGGGCUGGAAUAUUCACAUCUCCCUCCAUAUCAUUAACCACGGAAAAAACUGCACUUUGUAUCUACAGUUUAAAUAAUAUUACACAAUUCUCCAACAAGUGUUUCCUUGAAGACUUUAAUCACGGUGACCCUGAAUCAUGUGAUACAAAUAUACUUCUCCCGAUCAACCAGACAGCCACACUUAGUCAUGGAAACUUAUCUGCUGUAUAUGCAGUGGAAGUAAACAAAAGAAUGGUUUUCUUUCUCGGAACUGAAAGUGGGCAGCUGCUUAAGGUUACCUUGGAUUCAAAUUGGAAGGCGAGCUGCCCAGAAGUCAUAUAUGAAUUCAGUAACGAAAACCCAGUGUUUCGUACAAUUAGAGAAGAUCCUGUAAAUAAUUCCUAUGUAUAUGUUGCCACCGUAAAUGAGAUUAAACGCGUAAAGGUUGCAAAUUGUGAGAGGUUUGAAUCCUGCAAAGAGUGUUUGUCAGCUCUGGAUCCGUACUGUGGGUGGUGCCAUUCACAAAAAAGGUGCACAUUAAAUACAGAAUGUGAUUCAUCAGUGGCACAAGAUAAUUGGGCUGGCAUUGCAGAAGACGGAAAUUGUAUGGAGGUUAAUGCUGUUCCUAUUAGUAAUACACAGGUCAAAAUAACAGCCACAGGAAGCACGGGAUUAAACCAAGUCAACUGGCGAUGUGUUUUUCAAAAUAUGAACACAGGAGCCGUGCUUUGUAACAAAACAUUGAGAGAAAACCCCAUUAAUUGCUCCUGUGUGAUUUCUACAAACAUGUUAUUUGACAAAGACCAUUUCUCUGUUAUUCUGGAAGGCAACAACAAAUCUCUUUCCGAGAAUUUCCAGUUUGAAAAAUGCUCCACUUUACAAAAUGGAUGCUUGGAAUGUGUAAAAAGCGGAUGUCUGUGGUGCACCAAAGAUUCUGAAUGUAGGUCUCCAUUGAAUCCAUGCAAAGAUUAUGACAGCACGACCACUUGCAAGAAACUAGGUGAAAAAAUACCAGCGUAUAAGAUUGAUGUAAAUUUGGUACAACCUGAACGGAUCUCAUAUUUAGGAAAAGAAAGAGUAACUAUUAUGGGUCAAAAUUUUAAGAAUAUUUCCAGUCUGGUAUUAAUUGGUACCAGCAGCUGCAAGACAGAAAAGGUCAAGGUUUUAUCCAACAGUAACACACAGGCCAUCAUCUCACUGCCAAAAAGUCACAAGGAAACCAAAGGGUUGUGUCUAGACUUCGAUGGAACUAAUUGCCACCAGGCAAAGAAUAUUUAUUAUUUAUCUCUGCCAUCAUGCGCUCAGAUAUCUCCAAACAUAUCUUGGUCUAGGGGUGGUCGUAAUAUAUCCAUAUAUGGUAAUAACAUUGAUCUUUUGGACAAACUGAUGCUCUUGCACAAAAAUAUUCAACAAAAUUAUACUUUUGAAUGCUCUGAAAGCUUGUCACGAUGUUCAUUUCCAGCACCAACGCUCAUGAAAAUAAACCAGACCAUUGAUAUGUACAUGGAAGUACAAAAACAACUUAUAUGGUGUGGGAGACUACAGUAUGAUAAUGACCCCACAUUCCUACAUUUCUCUGUCCUGAGUGACAUGGAUGAAGAAUUAGACUUAAGAAUAAGGAAAACUCGAGAUUCACUAAAUAUUCAGGAAAAUGAACUCCAAGUUAUAGUACAUUAUAAGAACAAUACUGAUCAAUGCAAAGUGCAAAAUAUUACACACACCACUGUGUUUUGCAAAGUGAGAAAAACAUCCAAAGAGAAAAUUAACGAAGCAAAAAUGAAAGUAACGGUGAUUUUGGGAAACUUUACACAGGAACUGGAGAUAACAAAAGAAUGGACACAAUUUUUAUACAUUCUGGUUGUUCCUCUUCUGAUUAUUGUUAUUAUUGCUGCCUAUUUUGUUACGAGAUAUAAAGCCAAACAGCUGAGCAACAGACUGAGUCAACAAGUUGAAAUGCUGGAAUGCCAAAUAAGACAAGAAAUUCGUGAUGGCUUUGCUGAAUUACAGAUGGACGAAAUGGAUGUGGCUGUACAAACACCAGCAAUCAUCUUCUUCUUUGACUACAAGCAUUUUGCAUUAAAAACCCUAUUUCCAGAGUCACAACAAGGAAAAACGGACCUGUGCGAAACUAUCCCAUCUCCUUUCCAGACUAGAAGAUCCAGUAAAGAUGAAAACAUUUUAUCCAUUUUGAAAAAAAUAUUUGAGAACAAAAGAUUUUUGGUCAAUCUGAUUCACACUCUUGAAAACCAAAGUAAUUUUUCAGUCAAAGACAGGUGUAUGUUUGCAUCCUUCCUGGCUAUUUGCUUUCAGAAUAAUCUGGUCUAUCUCACUGAGUUGAUGGAGGAUCUGAUCAGAGACCUCAUGGAUCAAUCAAGCAACAAACACCCAAAACUCAUGCUCAGAAGGACAGAAUCUGUUGUUGAAAAACUACUGACAAACUGGAUGUCAACGUGCCUGUAUGGGUACCUAAGGGAAUCUGUUGGUGAACACUUGUUCCAGCUUGUGAACACAAUAAACCAGAGGAUACACAAAGGCCCAAUAGAUGCUGUAACCUGCAAAGCACUCUAUACUCUGAAUGAAGACUGGCUACUUUGGCAAAUGACGGAAUUCAAAAGUUUAGAACUCAAUGUGUGUUUCAAAAUGGUCUUGGGAAAUGAAGAGGAAGAAGAUGCCAGCAAAAAUAUCAAAGCAACUGUUUUGGAUUGUGAUACAAUUGGCCAAGCCAAAGAGAAAAUUCUUCAAACGUUUUUCAACAUAAAGGGAUAUGUUUUCGGACUUUCACUUUCCGAUAUUGGUUUAGAACUGCAUCAUGGUCAGGCAUAUCAGGCGCUAUCAGACAUUGAUUCUUCUUCAGUUGUUCUGGAAAAUGGAAUAAAAAUGCUAAACACAAUAAAACACUACAAGAUUGAGAAUGGAGCAACUAUCAAUGUAAUUCAAAAGAAAAAUUGUGAUAUACCAGAUAUUGACAAUCCAGACCUGUACUGCCAUCUGGUUUUACCAGAAGAUGAACAAUGUAACGAUUCCCAAAAUAUAGAAACUAAAGGCAAACAGCACCUUAAAGUGAAAGAGCUGUACCUGACAAAGCUGCUUUCCACCAAGGUCGCAAUACACACCGCUGUAGAAAAACUGUUUAGAAGCAUUUGGACAAUUCCACACCACAAACCCCCUAUACCCAUAAAAUACUUUUUUGAUUUCUUGGAUUCUCAGGCUGAAAAUAAGAAAAUUACAGACCCAGAAGUAUUGCACAUCUGGAAAACUAAUAGUCUGCCUCUACGCUUCUGGAUUAAUAUCCUGAAGAAUCCACAGUUCGUUUUUGACAUUAAAAAGACUCCUCUCCUGGACAGCUGCCUAUCAGUGAUUGCACAAGCAUUCAUGGAUGGAUUUUCUCUAGUUGAACAACAUUUAGGGAAGUCAGCACCAACCAACAAGCUGCUUUAUGCUAAGGAUAUUCCGAUGUUUAGAGAAGAGGUUAAAGCUUAUUAUAAAGAUAUCAGAGAUGCACCUCCUGUGUCACAUGCAGAAUUAAAGGAGUUCUUGACCCAGGAAUCAAAGAAACAUGAGCAUGAAUUCAAAGAAGAUGUGCCUUUGCUGGAGCUUUACAAAUAUAUUGAAAAGUAUUUUGAAGAGGUCAUGAGUACACUAAAAAGAGAUGCUGGAUUUGAAGUAGAAAGAGAGCAAUUGUUAUUGCUAAAAUCACUAUUCAAAGAGAAAAAGAGUUGCAGUUGGGAAGAGGUGCAAGAAUAGCCCUGAGUGCGAAAUGGAUUUAUAGUCAGCGUAUCAAAAACUGCAUGGAUGUUUUUAUUAGUUGAGAAACUAAUAAUUUAGAAAAAUUGAUCUGUAGAUAAAGGCGAUUUGAUGUUGAAUGUACAUCAGACAACAAUUCAUUACUGUAUGUAUUAAAUUAUAUCUACUUUAGCCUAAAAAAA